GCUUUCUGUCUCGUUGGUGUUUCGCUGCCUGCAGCGGCUACGAUAAAACAUCCAGACACGGUGGUUGAAGUCACGACGUACGAGCAUUAAUAUACAAGUGAUAGAAAACAAUGGCUCUUGAAUCACGGAUCACACAAGAGGAAAUAAAGAAGGAGCCGGAGAAGCCGAUUGAUAGAGAAAAGACAUGCCCUCUCCUGCUGCGAGUAUUCACCACCAACAGUGGCCGACAUCACAGAGCAGAUGAGUUCGCUCGUGGCAACGUCCCCUCUAGUGAACUGCAGAUAUACACAUGGAUGGAUGCUACUCUGAAGGAGCUGACCAGCCUGGUGAAGGAAGUAUAUCCAGAGGCCAGGAAAAAGGGAACUCACUUCAGCUUUGCCAUAGUCUUCCCUGACCCCAGAGGGAAAGCGUACAGGUUGAAAGACAUCGGCAGUACUGUAUCCGGCAGAAAGGGUGCAGAUGACUCCAUGACAUUGCAGUCUCAGCGCUUUCAGAUCGGAGACUACCUGGACAUAGCAAUCACACCGCCUAACAGAGCCCCACCCCUUAGCACACGCAUGAGGCCAUUCUGAACAUGCCCCCACACACACACACAAACAUGCAUACCUAAAGCAACCCCCCCAACUCUGUUUUUGUUUUCUCUUUUGCAUCAUCUUGGAUGGUUUUUGCCUCAUUUUAUAAAAUGUGACGUGUAAUAAAGUUGUCAUUUUUUUCCAAA